UGCAAUGAGGAGGGCGACGAAGAAGAAGAAGAGGAAGAGACACUGAUGAAUCCUCCAUCUCCAUCACCAUACCUCACCUUUCUUCCUUCACCCGCUAACCCUAACUUCUUCUAUUCUCAUCUCCACCACCAUCCCUCUCACACCACCACCACCAACUCAAUCACUUCACCAACACCACCACCUCCGCCUCUGCCACAGCCUCCCGAUCUCCCUACCGCUCUCUCAACACUCAAACACCUCAUCUACCUCUCCAAAACCACCCUCCACUCUAUCUCCACUCUCCUUCCCACCACCGCCCUCUGCCCCUGCCCUUUCAAUUUCCACCACCGCCUUCCGCCGGAAUCCCUUUUCCGCCACUUCCUCCAAUGCCCUUCUUCCCCUUCCCCUCUUUUCAACCUUAACCCCCUCCUGCUCCAAUCACUGCGCUACCCCAACACUCUCAAACCCUCCCGACAACUCUUCAAUCAGAACUGCUUCCUUCAAACCCUACAUGAUACCAACUCCAACCUCUGCUUCUCCCUUGACGAUUACUGCGACUUCGGCCCCAAUUUCUUCUACCGUAAUUGGCCCAGCGUAGUUAGCUCUGCCGAUCGAGAUAGUUUGAGCCGAACCUUCACUCUCCCAGUGCACAUCAAAGAAAGGUGGAAGUGAGACAAUGGACCUGAUUGAUUGCAGAAUAAAAGUUUGGUAGCCAGUUGACAAGCAGUUUUAUGGAGUAGUGAAGUCUUAUGACUCCGAACAUAAGAAAUUUGUGGUACUGUAUGAUGAUGGAGAUGUGGAAGUGCUCCGUUUAGAUAAAGAGCGUUGGGAGCUUGUUGACAAUGGUCACAAGCCUACAAAGAUCAUCUGAGAAGAACAUCUACAAGGUUGAGGAACUUGCUCGGUUAUCGUUAAUACAACUCCUGUCUAUAUUGAUGUGGACGAUGGGCGGAAGAAGCAAGGUAGAGGGUGGCUUAACAAGUGCAAUUUCAACAAACUUGAACGAAGAAGGCCCUUUGCCCUCUAUAAAAUUGGUCAGAAAACAAUUCGGUGGCAGAUAUGCCAUAUCAUCUGAGGAGUUCACUAGUGAAGUGGUUGGAGCUAAAUCACGUAAUAUUGGAUAUCUAAAAGGAAAACUGCCUUCUUGGGUUGGGAUUCCUACCUCAGUUGCCCUACCAUUUGGAGUUUUCGAGAAAGUUCUUUCAGACGGUUUAAAUCAGGGUCUUUUGGAGAAGUUUUUCGUGCCAUUUGGAAUAGGACAGAUGUUGCCAUUAAAGUUUUUCUUGAACAAGAUUUAACUAUUGAGAACAUCGAAGACUUUUUCAAUGAGAUAUCUAUUCUAAGCCGUCUACGCCACCCAAAUGUUAUUUUAUUCCUUGGUGCCUGCACAAAGCCUCCUCGGCUGUCCAUGGUGACUGAAUACAUGGAAAUGGGAUCAUUGUAUCAUUUAAUCCAUGUGAGU